AUGGAUGGUCCAAUACCCAAGCUGUUGGUAUCGGUGAGUCGCACACUUAUCUUCAAAUAUGCCCGUCCUCUCCACCACCCACAGUCUUCUAGUCAACUCCCCAUAGCUUCGCCUGGCCCUAAUAGAAUACUGGAAAAGGUUAUCAUUGUUACAAUAUUUCGCUAUUUCUAUCGUCUUUUCCUCCACCCUUUGCGCUCAUACCCAGGGCCACGACUCGCAGCUAUAUCACAUCUCCCCUACAUUAGCUGGUGUGUCCGAGGCAUUCUGCACUCAAAGAUCCGCACCCUCCAUGAACAGUACGGGGAGGUGGUACGAAUCCGGCCCAACUCCCUCACCUACUGUGCGCCUCAAGCUUGGGAGGAGAUCUACGGCCAUCGCAAGAAGGGCCAACGUACAUUCACAAAGGAUCCACAGUUCUAUAUAGCAUCUUCGGGACAAUUCACUAGCAUGAUCAACGCCAACGAAGAAGACCACAUCCGGCAAAAGCGUCUCCUGACCCACGCAUUCUCUGAAAAGGCACUCCGUGAUCAAGAGAGCUUGAUCAUGGCCUACAUAGACGUCUUUAUAACGCGUCUGGCCGAGUACGCAGCAUCGGAGAGCCCAAGGGCUACCAAUAUCGUUCAUUGGCUUAACUACCUCACUUUUGACAUUGUCGGUGAUCUAUCAUUCGGGGAGCCGUUCGGUUGCUUAGACAGAUCGACGUACCACCCUUGGGUGGAGACAAUAUUCAAAAGUAUCAAGACAGGUGCCUUCCUUCGCGCGUUGGCCAUCUAUCCUCUAGCCAACAUUGCCUUCAAUAAACUGAAACCGAAGCGGCUGAUUCGCAAGCGCCUUGAGCAUUAUCAACUAAGUCGUGAUCGUGUCCAUAAGCGUCUGCAUGUUUCGAACACUAUAAGCCGCCCAGACUUUCUCAAAUAUAUCCUCAAGAACAACUCUUUUCAGGAGGGUGCGGGUAUGGCCGUUGCUGAAAUUGAGCUCAACGCAGCGCUGCUGAUUCAGGCGGGUAGUGAGACCGUCGCAACGGCACUGUCUGCUUGCUGCUUCUAUUUGGGCCGAAACCCACCCAAACUUGAGGCAACAGUGCGUGAAGUGCGCACCACGUUUGCCGAUAGUGGUCAUAUAUCCUUCUCGGCCACCAGCGCACUCCUUUACCUCAACGCGGUGAUCAAAGAGGCGCUUCGCCUAUACCCGCCGGCUCCAGGGAUCGGCCCGAGAUUGGUCCCGGAGGGGGGCGCUGUCAUCAAUGAUCAAUUUGUUCCCGCUGGCGUGUCGGUAUCCGUUGCGCAGUUCUCUACCUUCCGCAGCCCCGCCAGCUUUAUUGAACCGGACUCUUUUCUGCCAGAGCGUUGGCUACCUAAUAGCGACAGCCGCUACCUGACCGACAACAAAAAUGCCCUGCAACCCUUCUCAUACGGCCCUCGGGCCUGUAUUGGUAAAAACCUAGCCUAUGCCGAAAUGCGAACGAUCUUAUCCAAAAUACUUUGGCAUUUCGAUAUUUCCCUGCAGCCGGGAUCAGAUAGUUGGGACCAGUCCUUGAGUUACAUCGUAUGGGAGAACCAGCCCCUCAAUGUGGUUCUGAGGCCGGCUAUGAAUAGUCACAACCUAUUUCGUAAGCGAGGGAACACGCCAAAUAACAGUAUGCCAUAG